AUGUCUGGAAUGGAGGCACAUGGCGGCGAUACGAGUCCCACGCGUCAGCCAAGACAGAGUAGAAUUCACAGCGUCGGGUUACCGGCUCGAACGUCCCUGCUUCCGGAACCACCACCCACCGGAAGUGGCGCGCCACCGCCGAUACCGCGCCGCCAUUCCGCCACACCUGCGGUAGCUCCACCACCGAUACCGCUGCGGCCGCCAGCGAUCCCGAAACGAAGCAAAAACGAGAAACCGAUCCCGAUACAGCUUGUGACGAGGCAGGAUAGCCAGCAGGUGAAUCGACGAAAAGCCAGCGACCCAACGCCUCCGCCGUCGUCGUCGAUCCUUGCCGCUUCCUGGUCGCACGAUUCCAGCAACGAGAAGCUGAUAGACCUCGGUCCCUAUCGAGGCAACGUUCAUCAGUCGAGCGGCAAUCAGGAGUACUCGUUGGACGAUCCGAGCGAGGAGAACGAAUUCGUGGCGGAUUUCGACAAGGCGAACUUCGAGGAGGACUGCGAGAAAUCGAGCUUCGAGGAGUUGCAGAAGGCGUCGAGGGAUUUGGAGAAGAGGCUGCACGAGAGGAUCGUGAAGAGUGCGGAGACGAAGGUGAAAAAUUGCAAGUCUGGCAGAGAUGGAAGACAGAGGAAGGGAAAUACGCAGAGCAAUAGGCUUCAGUCGGCGAAGACGAGCAAGGAGGUCGACAGGGAGGAGGUUGGAGACGGAAAGUCUCGGGAGAAAAUAGCCUUGUCCCGGAGGGAGGCCCUGCAGGAGGACGAGACGAAAUUUGCAGCCUUGGUGAGGUCACGACGCGAGGCAGAGAAGCGGUCCAAGUUCGAGGAGCUUCAGGACGCCUCGAGGAAGCUCGAGAGACGGCUGCAGGAGGAGGACGAACAACUACGAGCGAACAAGGAGAGACCUGUGACCAGGUACGAGGAGCUGCAGAGAGCGUCACAGGAACACGAGAGACGACUGCAUUCCGAACAGAAAUCCGUGGAAGCGGCGACGCGCGGCAAAUACGAGACAGAUAUGGAUAGAGCAAGGAACAUUCUCCAGCACAAUCUGAGGAAGGAGAGGAACUGCGAGAAGCUCGAGAAACUGCCGAAGGCGACGCAGACGAACCUUCCGCCACCCCUCAGUGCAAUCUCGCAGAGCUCCGUGCCGAAGCCCAUGAGCGUUAGACAGGACAGCAAUGUUUCUUCGGACAGUUUCAGCCAGACAAGCUCGCCCAGUUACACCAGCAAGACCAUGGAGGCGCCCCUUCUACCCCAUAAACAUGGCAAAGUUCCAGACAGGGCACUGGUGUCAGAACCGUACAGCUCGUCAAGUCGUACGAUCACCAAGUCGACAAGCACACCAGCCAGCCUCCAAGCCAUCGUCAGAGUUCACGGCGGUAAUAACGGUUCCUUACAUCACAAGAUCAUGAAAGAUGUGAGCGGCAGCCACUACGUGACCACAGGAAGACUACGAUUCAGGUUCGUGCAGGUGUUCUUCAACGCCGUCGCGUUGCUGAUCAUUGCCGGUGGUUUGGCAAUUUACUUCAAAUCGAAUUCAGAGACGGUGAUCAGGCUGGAGAACAAGACGAUCUACACGAACAUGAUCACGUUCACGGAACGCGUGCCAGUUACGAUCGAGGAGAAGAAUCCGGCGCCAGGCGUCUGUUUGCCUAUAAUCGUGACGUUUUGCCAGUACCACAAGAUCCCGUAUAAUUUCACCGUCUUCCCGAAUUACAUGGGCAAUUUCGGGCAACGCGACGCCCAGCACGAGCUAGAGCUUUACGGCUCUGUGAUCGACGUCAAAUGCUACGAAUUGGCCGCCCUCUUUCUCUGCAGCGUUUUUGUACCCAAGUGUGGUUCACGGGGCCACGUAGUACGGCCCUGUCGCAGCCUAUGCUUUCAAACCAAGAGACGCUGCGGCUUUUUCCUGGACGUUUUCGGCCUGAGUCUGCCCGACUACCUGGAAUGCGAUCUUUUCCCCGAGAAUUCCAAUCCGGACGAGUGUGUGGGUCACCAAGAAGUACUCGAAGCAGCCCACAGAGCAGAGAAACCCGUAUGCACCAGUGGGUUCCAAUGCGACAUGAUCAGAUGCAUUCCGGUCGACUGGCGAUGCGACGGCCACUUGGAUUGCGAGGAUCACAGCGACGAGAUUGGAUGCGGCGAGUGCACAGCUUCUUCUUUCUCCUCUUCGUCGUCCGGCUCUGUCUUCAGCACGAAGAUCGUGAAGAAACCCAUUCUAGCGAUGAACACCGACUCGACGUCGCAGUUGCACUGUGGCGAGGGCAGGUGCAUGUCCACCAAUCACAUGUGCGACGGUGUGAUGGACUGUCCUUGGGGCCAGGAUGAACGAUACUGCUUGAAGCUCAGCUUGGGAAACGGAGACGUGGCCGAAGGAAGAUUGGAAGUGUACCACGGGGAGAUGGGCAAGUUCAUGCCAGCCUGUAUCCCUCACUGGGACACGAAUUCCGCAAAGACCAUCUGCUCCAUGCUCGGAUACACGACGCCAGUUUCAUCCAGGUUGAUGACACAGGACACUAACAUCACUCAGAGGGAACCGAGGAACGAGCAGAUGAAUCUUUUGAAGGAAUUUCAGGAAUGUAUCACAGAUCAAGAGCCUUAUCCCACUGUUGAGUUGACUUGUUCGGAAUAUGCCUGUGGACGAAGGAAGACAGUUUAUGGCAAUUCGAAAGUGCAAACGAGGAUCGUAGGCGGUGUAGAAUCAACUCCUGGCGAUUGGCCAUUCUUGGCAGCUCUGCUUGGCGGUCCUGAACAGAUCUUCUACUGUGCCGGUGUUCUGAUCGCUGAUCAGUGGGUUUUGACCGCGUCUCAUUGCGUUGGGAAUUACACCGAUGUCACUGGGUGGACUAUACAGUUGGGAAUCACCAGGAGACACACGCACGCCUAUCUUGGACAGAGGCUGAAGGUGAAGAAAGUGGUGCCUCAUCCUGAUUACAACAUGAGAGUCGCUCAGGACAACGACGUAGCACUCUUCCAGCUGGAAAAACGAGUCCAGUUUCACGAGCACGUAAGACCAGUCUGUCUACCAACAGUCAACACGGAACUCAUCCCUGGAACACUGUGCACCGUGAUUGGUUGGGGCAAGAAGAACGACACUGACUCCUCAGAGUACGAACUAUCCGUGAACGAAGUCCAAGUUCCAGUCUUAACCAGAGAAGUCUGCAAUCUCUGGCUAGCGCACAAGGAGCUGAACGUCACCGACGGGAUGAUUUGUGCUGGCUAUCCUGACGGAGGGAAAGACGCGUGUCAGGGUGAUUCCGGAGGUCCUCUACUUUGCCAAGACGAAGAAGACAAAGAGAAAUGGUUCGUCAGUGGUAUAGUAAGCUGGGGUAUCAAGUGUGCCCAUCCAAAAUUGCCAGGAGUGUACGCUUACGUUCCAAAAUACGUGCCCUGGAUUCGCAGCGAGAUGGCUAAAUAUUCCGACCCAGUCAUGGGUUAA